AUGAAUCGUCAAAAAUACGAUAUGGAUUGGCCACCGUUGCAGCCAAAUUAUCCCCGGCAACAGGCACUACCACCGCAACCACCAGGCCCUCAGAUCAUCUACAUCCAACAACACCACCCGCAGCAGUGGUGCCAGCCCUUCGGUGGAUGGGGUGGAGGAGGAUGCUGCGGAAUGAGGAGGGCUACCUACUGCCAUCGUCCUCCCUAUGGCGGCGGGUUUGGCGGAAUGGGAAUGGGGAUGCACCCCAUCGGCUCGCUGAUCGGUUCGGCUAUACGCGGUCUUCAAGGACGGCGAUCGAAGAGUGAGAGCCGGCUGAAUAGCCAACAAUACGCGCAACAACAGCAACAGCAACAACAACAGCAGCAACAGUACCAAACCACUCCGCAAAAUGUGGAGUACGUGUCGCGAUGUCCAUUUGCGGAAUGCGAGAUCGUCGGCCCGCAUUCACACCAACUUCAAGUCAACCCAACUGUACCGUAUCCGCAGCAACAACAAACCAUCUAUCCGCAGCUGUACCCUCAGCAGCAACAACAACAAAAUUACUUCGGCGAGGCCCCACCCCCAUAUCAGAAAUAUCAA